CCCCCUUUGAAAUUAAUUAAACACCCCACUGGUAAAAGAGAUUCUGUCAAGGCCAAACAUGGUCUCUGUUGAUAACCUCGCUUCCAAGUUGGUUUUGCUGAAUUCUACACACAUUAAUAAUGAUGAUAUAAACGAAUGCAGAUUAUUAGGCCAGGAACGCGACGAAUCCUACCUAUUCAGCUGGGUUCAGUCGAAUCCAAGUACCAAUGCCUCCAAAACGUGUAUCGGUGAAUAUAAUUACGAAGAAAAUACAUUAAAUUUCAUUUAUUCUUUCGGCGAAAAAAUCGAUUGUAUUCAAGCAUCGGUGAAUCCCGAAAGAACCCUUCUUUUAUACGUGAUUAAAGAAAAACGCGACGAUAACGAUUUCGUUUAUAAAAGUUACUUAUACAAUAUAUCCGAUAAUUAUCAAAACGCAUACCUAAUUAAGGAAGAAACAAAGAGGCAAACUUACGUGCAAUUUUUGAAUUCCAAACCACCUUCAACCGAGAAGUUUCUUCUGCUAAUACACCAAGAAGGAAUUUACCAAUAUCUCAUAAAACGUAACAGCCCGAACGAAAACGUAACCCUAAGUUCCUUAACCAGCGAAGUGCUGGUGAAGAAUUUUUUCUGGGCGCAAUGGGAUCCUCUCGAACAAACCCUUUACCACAUCCACAACAAAAGCCGAAAUCGAGGAUUCGUGGACGGCGAAGAAAGAACCACAGAAGCGAACAAUAAGAGUACUCCUACUCUAACAGGACUGCAAUUUAACGAUGAUCAUCCACACGAAUCAGUAUUGAACAUUCCUCUAAAUCUGCCGCAUUUAAAUACAUCAGAUACCUCCGCGACUUAUGAAGACGAUGUAAUACCUUUGAGAGUCCACGAUUCUUCCUUGGAUUUGAUUGUUGUUACCAGUUCCAAUGGAUGCGUGUGCAUUUGCCAUCAUUAUUUGUACCAGCCAAUCCAACCGUCUGAGAAUUAUAAAGACGAAAACGAUACGACUCCCAUUAAUUUCGCUUAUUCAGUAACAGCUUUGCAUCAAAGUUGUGUCAUCCAUUGCGUUGUGAAUGAUAUCCCAUGGAAUAGAGCGAAAAAUAUAAGACCUUUAUUUAAAUUAAGAGGUGAUUAUUUAGUGGUAUUCAUCCCCGAAAUCUGCACUCACUUAUUAGACAUAGGACUGAUGCACGAGCCCUAUUGUCACAUUACUACAGGGCCACUUAUAUCCGAUAAAGAAUCGAAUUUACUGUACUUAGCUCCCAUUAUAUCCACCGAUGAUUACAUCAUUAACUUAACUAAUUUAGACCUGAUCGAUAUGAGCGUUCUGGAAACCCUAGCCGUGGAAACGUUCAAAUCCAACACUACCCUGGAAAACAAACUCUCCAUUCUGCACCACUUUAUAAUCCACCUGGAAGAUACCCAAACGGCUUCGGAGCUGAUUAGCUGGCACUCCUCGAAGCCCUUUUCAAUGGACUACCCGGAGCUGCUCAAAGAAUUCCUGGUGGCCACUUCGUUCGCUUCCAUGCAGAAAAAUUUGCCGAGCGAAGCGAACAAAAUAACAACGUUGCUGCCGAUAACGACGCAACGACUGGGCUUGGAUUUGGAAAUCAAGAGCGACAAUUACGUGAUCAACAUGUCGCAGGAAGUGCUGUGGAACGCUUCGAUGAUGGUGUUGUCUCCGCAGCUGCGCAUCGUGCCGUACAAAACCGACAUAUGGCUGAAGCUUUGGGACCAUCUCUCCAAGUUUUGCAAAAUCGGCAUCCGGUUCAAGCCUAGUCAGGUGUUGGACAAGCUGAGGAUAUCGCUGGAAUGUUACCAACCGGAAGCUUUAUCUAGAUGCACCACCCCAUCAUCUCCAACUGGAGGGGCUGCCUCGACUUUCGCGGAUUUUCUAAACAACGCAAGAUCUCAAACAGACAGUCUACCGUUUUAUGAAAUCGACUCUUGCACAGCCAGUCGACAAGAGCACAUUAUUUCGGUCAAUCUAAGGGAGCUGAGUAUGCACCUGCUGAAGCAAACUUCUAAUAGUUCGAAAAAAUUCCGGCAAACGGAUCAGUCAAACAUGCACGUACACGCAGCUGCCACGCGUUAUGUCAGCUCGCAAUUGGACCAGUCCAGGCAGCUCUGCGAAAUUGUCUGUAAAGCUGCUACCUACGAUCCGGAAGAAGAUGAUGAUAAAGGUUUCAUUUUAAUUAAUAAUUUAGGAGAAGAGAGACGCUAUGUAUUGUUCAAGCUAUUGGAGAAAUAUUACAUGGCCGUCGAAGCCUUGGCUUUUCCUUUACCUCAAGGUUUCACUUCGUUUUUCGCUUAUUUGGGCUACAGGACUAUGGAUUUCGAUAUGUUCAUGCAAUAUGUGGUUAAUCACGUGUUUGAAUUGCAGGUGGAUGUGAUGAAAAUCAUUUUAGCAGAACACGAUGAAAGUAAGGAUGGAAUUAAUAAGAAGCUGAGACUGCUCUCAGUACUGCCGAGACAAAGAGCUAAAAGGCUCCUUAACCAAUGGAGUCACCCAAUUAGUGUGAUAUUAAGAGCUAGAGAACACUCUCAAAAUAUCCUUUCCGGAAUUACUGGAUUGCCUACAAGAAGUAAAACACAAAAUCCUUCUUGCUCUAAAGGUUUAGGUUCCUACCACGGAGGUAAAAACGUGUCCCCUUUAGAUACAUUCCUUGAUUUGUUAACGGCCAAAGCCAGUCUAACUGAAAUCGAUUUUGGAUUACUCAUAGAGGCAUCUGAAUUGGCAAAUGACUUCGAUUAGGAAUCAGAACAAAUAAUUGUACCUAAUAAUUUACUAAAAAAUAAACUUACUCUCAAGGAUUAACA